GGCCGUCCAAGUUAAGCUCGUUAAACAACAAAUUAAACCCUCAGUACUGGCGUCGUUCGUUGUGAGCCUGGCGGUGUAAGCGGUUUUUCUUUUUUUUUUUCAGUUUCCGGUAAAACAAAAAAGUGCGGCACCCACGAAAUAAUGGAAACGGAGAAGACAAAAACCACCACUUGUAGUAGCAAUCAAGUAUCGGAGAUGGAAGAAGACACCACAACAUCAAAAGUGGAUUCCCCCACCAAUUCCCAGCAAACCAUUUCUGACGAUGAUGAAAUAGACUAUUCAAUCAAACCAGAAUUCUAUGACCCGAACCUUGAUGACAAAGAUGAAUUAUGGGUCCAAAGUAAGAGGAAAGAUCGUGUUUCCGAUGCCGUGCUAAGCUGCCCUGCUUGUUUUACCACCCUUUGCCUUGAGUGUCAACGGCAUGAAAAAUAUGUGACACAAUACAGGGCGAUUUUUGUUGCGAACUGCAAGAUUGAAGACGGAAAAGUCAGGCAAGAAAGGGUAAAACCAAAAAGAGGCAAGCGAAGAAGAGAAACUGUUGAGGGUGAAGCAGUUGCUGCUGCCGGUGGGGAAACAUUCAAGUCGGUCCACUGUUCGGUCUGCACAACGGAGGUCGGUGUCAUUGAUGAAGAUGAGGUAUAUCACUUUUUCAAUGUUCUUCCAAGUGAGUCUUGAGUCUUAGACCUGCCAUAGUCUAAGUUGCUCAAGCUACCAAAAUAGUUCGGUGAUAGUUCAGUUUUCAUGCUUCUUAGUAAUGGAAUUACCAAGUGAUUGUCGCAGCCAAUAUAUUAUUAACUUUCCCUUUGGUAUAUAUGGUUGUUGUCAAUUCUGAUCCGAAACCAAUAGUUCAAUCAUUCGAGCUUUGAUCUAAUUCGAUUUGAUUAUAAAAGUCAAUAAUUUGAACUUAAA